CGCAACCUCAUCAGGAGCUCCCUCCCUAGCGCACUGAGGCGCUUAGCUCUAGAGUCAUCAGUGGGUUAGGGACGCCCUCUUUGAUAGCUGCACUAGCCUCCUCUGGGCUCGGUACGGACUACCGCAGUCCUCCAGGCUCCCUUUCCUGGUUCCUCCCUCCUUCCCAUCCUCUCCCCCUGUUGUCCCAAACUUCCUCCCUCCAGAGAAAAACUUUGCCGCCUCCUCUCAAUAGAGAGGCAGAAAGUUGGGAGCGCUUUAAGAAGUGAGCAGGACCUGUGUGGUCGCCGGCUCCCCAGUCGCAGCUUCGGAAUAGGGGUGCUCUGAACCCCAACCGCUCACCUGCAGCCAAAGCCUUUUUCAUCGGAGCAAGGAGCGAGAGAACUCAGGAGGAAGCGAGAGUGCAGCACUGCCCUCUGUGCCCCAGGAUGCUCGCGCCCCGCCAUGGCCAUGGUGCCCUGGCUGCCUUGGCCUCCGGCUUCCUGAUCACUCUGCUCGGGACUCCAGGUCUUGCCAGUAAAGAGAUGCUGAUGAAACCAGAACUGAGCAUUCUUGGUGAUCAAGUGGUGAUCCAGGCUGGUGGAACGUUUGACAUAACCUGCAGGGGAUCGGCUGCCAUUACCUGGACCUGGGGCACUGGGUCUACUGGGAGUCGGGCCCGCAUCUUGGAGCACCCCUGCUCUGAUAAUCCCCUUGUUACUUGCAACCAGCUCACCAUCUUCCACACAGAAGCUGGCGACACUGGCUACUUCACAUGUAGCUACAAGGAUGUUGCUGACAUCAAGGAUCCUAAUGGCAAGGCCAGUGUGUAUGUGUAUGUCCAAGAUGACAACCAGAUCUUUGUGCAGACCUACAGCGAUAUGCCACUGUUGAUCACUGUGUUUACUGGAACCCAAGAGGUGGUUGUGCCUUGCCGGGUCACUUCUCCUGAUGUCAAUGUCAAGCUUCAGUUGUUACACCCUGCCACAUUCACCUAUGCAAGCCAAAACUGGGAUCCCCGGAAAGGCUUCACUGUGACCCGACCCUCCUACCACUUCUACAGCAGCAUACUCCAGUGCAUUGCUGAAGUCAAUGGGAAGACACACAGGUCAUUGUAUCUCCCACAGCGUUUGGAAACCAAGAAAGAAAAUAUCUCCAUCAGAUACAGCCACCAGAGACUUCUAAUAGGAGACACCCUUUUCCUGCAGUGUGUUGCAGAGACCACGUUCAAUGGACGAAUCAAACUGAACUGGGUGUUUAAUCGGCAAAAUUCCAAGACAAUACCCAGGUGUUGUGAAGUGAAAAGGAACUUGUACCAAGGGUCCCCUGUGUACAAAAGCUACAGUAACUUGACCAUCUGGAAUGUAACUAUGGAAGACAAGGGUUUGUACAUUUGCAGGGAAGACAACAACACUGCCCUGCAAGCCAACAUCACCAUCACAGUGUACAAGAAAGCCUUCCUCAAUGUGAGCCACAAGAGAAGACGAAUUUAUGAGGUGACAGCUGGGCAAAGUAUGCUCAAAAUGGGAGUAAGGGUGGAUGCUUUCCCUCUCCCCAAUGUGACCUGGUUCAAAGAUGAAAAGCCACUCCCAGUAAACCAUACCUUUCAGCCUGAUCCUCUUAAGUACAAACUCACAAUCCUGGAAGUGAAUGUAAAGCAUGCUGGGAACUACACUUUUGCUCUGAGCAACACCAAGCAUGGCCUCUACAAAAACCUCAGCAUACAACUGAUUGUCAAUGAAAAACCUAAGAUCUAUCAGAAGGAGACAGAUUUGAAGACUAUCCAUCCAGUACUCCUAGGCAGUGAGAACAUCCUUCGCUGUACAGCAAGUGGUCUACCUCUGCCCUCCUUCAUGUGGGCCUGGGAGCCCUGCAGCCAUAAAGAUGAGUUGUGUAUGGAACGGGGCAAGCGGAUCCAGCUUUCCAAUGCAACUCUGAAAAGUGAUCUCCCUACAGGCAACAGGAUCCUGUCCAUUGAGGAAACGGUAGUGACAAGUGGAGAAAAGACAAAGACUCUGAGCACCCUGACCAUAUUGACCAGCAACACUUCUGGUAUAUACUACUGCACAGCUGUAAACAAGGUUGGCACUGAUGAGAGAAGCAUGCAAUUCUAUGUCUCAGAUGUGGCUGGCUUCAUGGAGGCAGAACCCCUGGUCUCAGUGAUCGAGGGCUAUGAUGCUCGGCUCAUAUGCAAGGCACCUAAAUAUAUCUACAAUCAUCUUGCUUGGUUCAACCCCCUUGGAGAGAAGUUUCCUGUUACAGACACAGAAACCUUAAAAAAUAACUACUCUAUCUCAUUGACACUGGUGAUUAAGAAUGUGACCCAGAAGGAUAAAGGGCAGUACAAGUGCAAGGCUUGGGCCCAGAGAAACAUCACCAAAAUGAUGCAACACAAUACUCAGCUCUUAAUUAGAGAAAAAGUGGCUCCAUUCAUUAUUGAGAACCUCACCAAUAUCGAGGUCAACAGCAGUGGCAAGAUUUUGCUGGAUUGCAAAGUGAAUGGAACCCCAUGGCCUGAGAUCCACUGGUUGAAAAAUGGAGUUCCUGUUCUCCCUGCUUCAGGAAUCUUCUUUGAGAACAACACCCUUAUUAUUGAGCGAGCCAAAAAAGAAGAUGAGGGCUUGUAUCUGUGCAAAGCAACCAAUGAAUUGGGGGAAGUCAGCACAGCAGCUUUUAUAACUGUGGAAGGCUCUGAAGAGAAAUCCAAUAUUGAAGUCAUCAUUCUUGUUUGUACUGGCCUUGCAGCUACCCUUUUCUGGCUUCUUCUUACCUUGGUCAUUCGCAAACUCCGAAAGCCCAGCGUAUCAGAAAUCAAAACUGGCUACCUUUCCAUCAUCAUGGAUCCUGAAGAGAUGCCCCUUGAUCAACAGUGUGACAGACUUCCCUAUGAUGGCUCUAGAUGGGAAUUCCCUAGGGACCGGUUACAGUUGGGCAAAAUCCUCGGCCAUGGUGCCUUUGGUAAAGUGGUAGAAGCCUGUGCAUUUGGCAUCGACAGAGCUUCAACUUGCAAAACAGUGGCAGUGAAAAUGCUUAAAGAUUGUGCAACUUCCAGUGAGUUUAAGGCUUUGAUGUCAGAAUUGAAGAUCCUCAUUCACAUUGGUCACCACCUCAAUGUGGUUAACUUACUAGGUGCCUGCACCAAACCUGGAGGUCCUUUGAUGGUCAUUGUAGAAUUCUGCAAAUAUGGGAACCUGGCCAACUUUCUGAGAGGGAAGAGAGGAGAUUUUAUUGCUUCCAAGGCCCUGAUCAAUAUGGAUAAAAAUGUGAAGACCUUUUAUGAUUCUGACGGCAAGCCCACCCAGCUUAUGAAGCACCGUCUGGAGAGUGUGGCUAGCACAGGAAGUUCCACCAGCUCUGGCUUCAUUGAGGACAAGAGCUAUAGUGAAUCUGAUGAGGAGGAAGAAAGUAACCGCCACUUUCUGGGGGUCACAAUAUCCCACCGAAUAGACUCAAAUAAUCUCUACAAGCACCCUCUCACCUUGGAGGACCUGAUCUGCUAUAGCUUCCAAGUGGCCAAAGGCAUGGAGUUCCUCGCUUCCAGAAAAUGCAUUCAUCGGGACUUGGCUGCUCGGAACAUCCUUCUAGCUGAUAAUAACAUUGUGAAGAUCUGUGACUUUGGUUUGGCCAGAGACAUCUACAAAGACCCUGACUAUGUCUGGAAAGGAGAUGCAAGACUCCCACUUAAGUGGAUGGCACCUGAAGCCAUUUUUGACAAGGUUUAUACUACUCAAAGUGAUGUGUGGUCAUUUGGAGUCCUGCUGUGGGAAAUAUUCUCUCUGGGUGCCUCACCAUACCCAGGAGUGCAAAUAGAUGAAGACUUCUGCCGUCAGCUGAAGGAGGGAACACGAAUGAGAGCUCCUGAAUAUUCCACUCCUGAAAUCUACCAGACUAUGCUUGACUGCUGGCACAGUGUGUGCACCCUGAGACCCAACUUCUCUGACCUGGUUGGGCGUCUUGGAGAUCUCCUUCAGGCCAGCGUUCAACAGGAUGGCAAAGACUACAUACCCCUCAAUGGCACUGGUGGAACACCCACAUUCAUGACCCUGGAUCCUGUACAAGAAGCCGUAAGCAAUAAUAUCACCAUGGAGGCCAGCAUUGAACCCCAGAAGGAUCAACUGAUUGGGUCAUUUGAUGAGAUGAAGAUGCCCAAGGAAAAUGAGGAAGCUGUACUUGAGGACAUUGAAGGUGAUUAUGCAACUGUGCUGAAUUGGGAUGAGAUCAAGAGCCAGAAGCGCCUGGAAAUUCACUCUUGGCCACAUGGGACCAUGGCCUUAGGCCUGAGAACUGUCAGCAAGAACAAUAAGACCAUUCAGAGGGAGACUGAGAUGGAGUUUGUAAAAUACCACUCAGCCCUUGAGCUUGAAGACGAAGACCAGAUGAAAGAGACUUCCCUCCUGCCACUGGAUCCUACCCUUGAAUGCCACAGCCCACCACCUGACUAUAACUCUGUGGUCCACUAUAGCACUCUACCCAUGUAAUCUAAUACCAGUGCCCUUCUUUUGCUGCCCCUUUUCAAAUUAAUCUCUUUUUGCCUCAGAAAUCACCAAUUCUUUCCAUGUCCAUGUCAUGGUAACAGAAUAACUAACUUGGGACUGGAGAAUGAAAGAACACCUUGACGGAGAAUUUCCAUUCUUCACAACUUUGGGGGGCACAGCUGGCCCAAGCCAGGACCUCAGGCCUGAUAGAGAAACAACAAGAUGUUCAGUCCCAUUUCUUUUUCUAUUAAACACCAGUUACCCUACUUGGGUGUUACAGCCCCACAAUAGCACCUUCAGUAAUUCCAUAUGUAACCCCCUAACUUGGCAACUUGGCCCAUUGUACUUUCAUGAGGGCCACUAAAAAGAACAAUCUCUGUUGACCCCUCAAAGACCCCCAGAGCCUCCAGUCAGGAACUGUAGCCCCAUCAUAUUCAGAUCUUAAUAGUCAGCCUCCAAGCAGGGCUUGGUGGAAUUUUACCCGGAUAUCUUUUCUUAAAAACAAUUAAAGCAGCCAUUGUUCAGACCUAGAAUCUACUAGGGUUUGACAGUGGAAGGCAAUGGACAGCUAUUUGCCUGCAAUGUAUCCCAUGAGGUAUCUAUCUAAUACUCCACAGCCUCCUUUGCAUUCAAGCAAUUUCUAGCAGCGCCAAUGGGAGUUGGGCACACCCUGUAUAUUUAGGAUACGCUCCGCAUACACUGCCAGUUUCAUCACCUUUGUGUUGUUCCCAUGCCAAAAAACAUCCAAUCAGAUUCUCUGGCUAUUACCCAGUACUCAUGUGGAUUUCAAGAACACCAUGACUUUGAUAUAUAAGCCCCCAAAUCCACAUGUCAGGCAAACAUCAGCACACAAAGUGUAUCUACGUGGACUCAAACAAAAGCAAUGAGGAGAGAGUUUGUGCUUGCUGCCCUUCCAGAUUGGCCUGUACUUCUCCACUUCCAGAAAGCUCCUGUAGCUACUUCUCUGCUGAAGGAGGAACCUGUAGUUAUCCUCCUGACCAUGCUAAAGACUGACGCUAUCUGUAGUCUCCCCUUUCAAAAACAACUGUGCAGUUGAAUCACAUCGAACAAGGCAGUGCCUCCCAACUGCGCCCUAAGCCCAGGAUCAUGAAGCUACACCAGGCUGGACAAUGUGCUCAUCCCUGGAUUGCAUGAGGAGACUAUCCACUGACUUUAGAAUUAGUGAGCCUUCUCCUCUGAUUCAUUUUCAUAGCAUCAGAGAAAAAAGGGAGCAAGCAGCAUUCUACAAAAAUGAGGACCUGAAAGACACUCUGGUUCCUUCCUACUUCCCCUUUUGUAAACGAGAAAACUAAUAACCAGAAAAGAAAAGGGGCUUGCAUUCGUGUCUCCUGAUUACUGGCCCAAUGCCCUUUCCAUUAUUUGGAUGGUGUAGCCACAUGUGUGCAUACAUAUAAACACCUGCUAAUAUAAACAACGAUGCCACUGGAAGAGACCCCAAAAGUAGUUAUUUUUUUCCUUUGCAUUCCUUUUUGGCUAGCAUGCACCCAAAAAACAUGUCUUUCCUCAUGGAAACAGAGGCCUGGGCUUCUGCUGCAACUGCCCCCGUCUUUUCUAUAGUAGCUCAAAGAACCCCAGGACUGUUGAAACCCAAUUUUCACUUGUGACCCAAGAGCAUUGGUGAUGUAAAAGGCAGUGAAAGGCAGGCUAGGUCCAUACCCUGUCUAUUUAAGAAGUUCGUAAAAAUGCCCAGACACGCAGGGCUAUAAGCCCUAGAAAAACUCCAGUUUGGGCAUAUUCAGAACCAAGAGGUAAAUGCAAACCCUUUUACCACCCCAUGCCUUAGCCUACUGACAAUACUAGAAACAUCUGUGCUUGGCUCAACAAGUAGUGCCAUGUGUGUGGUAGAAGAAAUGAUGGGGGAAAUCACCACUAGCCUCCAACCACUAUUAGGAUGGUCCUCUUCCUCCAGCUUUUCUCCAGAAAGUGGUUAUGUCAUGGCUGUGCUCCUAGGAAAUGGUCUGAAUCAGCUUUGCCACUGAUUUAAGUAGACCCUGUGAGUUGAAUGGAGUAAGCUACCACUAGGAGGUUAUGGUGAAAAGCCAAGCCUCGUUCCUCCCUCUUGCCUGUCUCUGCUGAGAAAUGAUGGCUCUAGAGAUAGCAAUAAAUUGAUCAUCAUUUGGACACCUAUCCAGGAGAAUUCCCAAUUGCCCCUGAUGGUCAGCAGCUUUGUCAAGGGCCAGCCUUGGCUAACACAAACUAUGUAUAGUGGGAUCCACAGGAACAGAGUCAAUGAUACUCUCAUCACAUUUAUGAUUUAGCUUCACUGGGGGAAAGAGUCUUUCAAGUGUUCAAAAAAUUCUUCAGUAAUGUGCAUGGUUCUUCUAUCCAGUGUUUGAGUGAAGAGAAAUUCAUCCCGUAAUUCAUUCAGCAAGAGGAUUCCCCUUUGGCUGGACAUGCUUGUAUUGCAUCUACUUUAUAAAAAGCUUUUCCUCAAGGCAGACGCUGACCAGAACUUUCAAUAGGACCUCAUGUAGCUACAAAGGCAAUAUAGACAAGAGGUCUCAGGAACUAUAAUUUUUGAAGAAAUGACCACAUUCCUCUCCAUAAGAUUUCAUGAUGAGAUGUUUAGACCAGCGAACAACAGUAACAUUUUAAACUGUUAAACUGUUGAACAAAACAUUAUUUUGAAGUUCCAGUUUUUGAAUUGAUAUCAUUCAUACCUUAUCUUCUUAGUGUAAUUAUGUUCCAGACUGGCUGUCCUUGAAUGAAAAGCCACUUCAGAGUGGGCUGCCUUGGCCCAAUUACUUAAGACAGUUGCCUCCACUUUUUCCUGCUCUACUCAACCUCUGAAGACCUCUUUUGUUUUUGCCCCCCCCCCAUUCUCUACUGUACCUCAUAUUGUGCCAAGGUCAGGGAAGACAAGCAGUAAGGGAGGCUCCUCACUUCUGUUUACCCCCUGAAUGGGAGGAACACUCCAUCAAGAAUGUCCCUUCUCACUUGAAGGUUGGGCAGGUAUACCAGCCCUCUGCAGGCCAUGGUGAGCAGCUACAGUGAGCCAACCAACAAUCCCUUAUCUUAUUGAUUCUUGUCCACAGCCUACAGUGGAUACAUUACCCGAAUGUUACUGUAUUUUGUUGGUAUAUUUCUAAUCUAUUGUUUUAAGCUUUAUUACUCCUUCCAUUUAAUGGAGUAUAUUUUUAUGUAGCCAUAUACACAUAUAUACAGAAAUGAUGUUUCUAACUUGUUAUGCCAUACCAAAAGUUGCAUAUUAUAAUGGCAACCUUUCUGCAGGCUGGACCACCUCUCAUGCAGAGUACACAGUGGUUUCCAAUAAUAGUUCCAAAUGUCAGAUACCUCAUUCCUCUCUGGGAAUUAGCAGUCCAUAUCUUCUUGCACUGAGCUCCUUCCAGUGCUCCAUGUUGGGCAGAUGUUCUGUCAAACUCUAGGUAAAUUUCACUCUGCUUAUAGCUCCCUUUCACCCAAGAGGAUGAGAAGGGGAGAGGAAAAAUGGGUUGUUAUUGACUCUUUUACCUAUCCAAUUACUUGUGAGGUUGGGGAGUGGAGCUUGAAUUAUUAAGGGAGUCCAACUAACCAAGUUUCUCAGGGAUUGUUGCAUGGCCCCCAGGAGUACCUCUAGUUACUUAUAUUUCUCUAAUUUAGUUGGUAAAGUCUUAAGAUCUUGCACUCAACAUGAUGAACUUUUAUUUGUCACAUUCUCUGGACUAUUUCACUUAUUAUUUCUAGACCAUGGGAACAGCAAGGAUUUUAGGGCUUGGAGAUACUUUUGACUCUCCAAAUGCAAAUUCUGAGGCCUCCAAUAUCCUCCUUAGGAGAAUAAAUGCAUAGCUUGUUGAUAAUUGCUUUUAUUUGCCUAUUUGGACUCCUGUGUAUCUAUGAGUGCUUAGCAGCAGACUGGAAGCAGACUUGUUAAGGAGUCACUCCCAGGAGUUGGCAAAGGUGAUUUUGCAUGGCUGGGAAGGGUACUUUGGCUAAGAUGCCCCCCUCUGUUCUGCAGUUCUACAAACACCCUCUUCAAGAGGCCCUCUGACACCAAUAUAUAUUGAUGCCAAAAGUAGCUAAUAGAGAGAGGACUGGUUUGCCUGCAGAGUGCUAAUCUCACCCUGGUAUUGUCACCUGCAGCCAGGCUGUGCUUUGUUUCCACAGUCCCUCCAUUCCCCAUAGACAAUGAGAUUCCUCUCAGAGAUCUAUUCUUACCUGUUUCUAUCUCUCUAAUCUUAUCUCUUGGCAGACAGUUGAGGGGAGUUAUUCAAAGAAAUCACAGACCACUCUCCCUCUGGCACCCAGAGAUGCACUUACAGCCAAGGUAGCAGCAGUAGUGCAACCACAGGGACAUUGCUGGCUGGCUGUGCCAACAAGUAGUCUGAUGCAAGACUUCAGUUCUUUGAGACAUGGAGCUCCUCAUGUCUCAAAUAAGUGCUCACUGUAUUUUCUUCCUAAGUGACUGUUAGGUGAAAGGCCCACCAACCUUUGGGGCCAUCCUACCCUGCUGGUAUUUCCCCCCUACCAAGAGGAUGCAAUUCUGAACAGGGACAACUAUUCCCCCUAGGUAAACGAAAACCAUUUGCUCCAGAAAUAGGGUAACUGAAGAAUGAUAGGAUGUUUUUGAUAGAGGAUUGUCCUUUAACCCCUACCUUGUAAUAUGAAAUUUUCAGUUUACCCCACAGAGAGAAAAUGGGAAGCUCUCCCCUAGACUGAUGAUACUGCCAUGCUAAUAAGGAGGUGGGCCUAGCUGGCCAAUAAAUGAAGAUCAGGAUAGUGCAAUGUAGUGCUCAACAAAUUUCCAGUUCUGACAAAAAAUUCCACUGUGUCAGAAGCAACCCUCUACCUCCUACAGCUCGCAUUUCAUUUGUAGACCUUGCUUUCCCUGACUACAAAUAUGCCAGGAAAAUCCUAAACCUAAAUAAAUCCCCUAUAACACAACUUUUCCUUAGCUUUCCACUUAGCCAGAUGGAGAAUGUACCCAUGUGAAGAAAUCCUCCCCUUCCAUAAAUUGUAUCGUAUUAUUAUGUAAUCAAAUUAUAUUGUAUCUUUUAUUUUAAAUAUAGAAGUCUAUAUGUACACAAUCCAGUCAUUGUUUGCCUGAUCUUAUUUGACAUUUAUAUGUUUCUGAAAGCUUUAACUGCUGCCUCUUCCAAGCAGUACCUCUCCUUCCUC